GACCGUUGCCCGGGAAACACAAACACAACAAUAUGCGGAACUUCAAAAUGACUCACUCCAAUUCUUCAAACACUGAGUGAAACGCGUGAAAAAAAUGAGAUAGGCAAAAUUAUGGAGGAUUUCAGACCUUUAGGUAGGGCGGGAGAAGGGGCUCAUGGAUUCGUUUUCAAAGCGAUGGACAAAAAAACCCACAGGAUCGUUGCCCUGAAAAAGAUAUGCUUCAAUCCUAACCAUCCCAUGCCUAAAAACACCAUGCGGGAAAUUUGCGCCCUCAGAGUUCUUAAAGCGCCUAACAUAGUUGAACUCUACGAUAUACGGGGUGUUGAAAGCUCUGUUGUCCUCGUGAUGGAGUACUUACCAUGCAGCCUGAGCGACGUCAUCAGUUACAUAGAGAAUCCUAUCAACUUAUCCCAGAUCAAGACGUACAUGAAGAUGUUCCUAUGCGGAGUGAAUUUCAUGCAUAGGAAUCACAUAAUGCAUAGGGACUUGAAACCCUCCAAUUUGCUGAUCAGCCAUUCCGGAGUCCUCAAGAUCGCGGAUUUUGGCCUGGCCAGAAUUUACAAGAAGACCGACUUGAGGACCUAUUCGCACCAAGUGGCCACCAGGUGGUAUCGCGCUCCAGAACUGCUCUACGGAUCUAGGACAUACACGUUGAAAAUCGAUAUCUGGUCCGUGGGGUGCAUCCUCGGCGAGAUGAUCAACAAGAAGCCCCUGUUUCCCAUUCUAUCUCAGGGAGAAACCGACAUCGAACAACUGGCUAUAGUUCUAGGUACCCUGGGAACUCCGGACGAGGAAAUCUGGCCCGGCGUCACCAGUCUGCCGGACUACAAGAAGAUCUCUUUCUCUCGCACCACGCCGAAAACCUGGGACACUGUAGUACCAAACGCCGAUGAGCACACUUUGGAUCUGAUAGCGUCCAUGCUGCGGUAUAACGAGGCGGAAAGGCCAGAAGCCGACGAGGCCCUGAAUAACGAUUUCUUUUUUGUCUCCCCACGCCCCGCGCCGAUGAAAGAAAUGCCUCCGAUCAGUAAGAUAAAGAUGAAAAUGAACGAAAAAUUAUCGACUUUCGAGCAUGUACUAGAGAAUUUUCCACGAACAAACUUCAGGUAGGUAAGAAAAAGAGCUGUUCCAAAUGUUUCGUGUGGAUUCUUUAUUAUUGUUCCUUCGAUGUUACAAAACAAAAUGUAUAUAUGAGUAUUAUCAUGAUAUUACAGCUUUAAUAAAUUGUCUACUAUUUUG